AUGUCAAGUAGACAGCCAGAAGAACGGUCUCAGAUAGGGGAACAUGCUUUCAACCCUCGUUUGGGCAGGAGGCAUCCAGACCAGCUGGCACCCAUGAUACCUUGGGGCCAGCACGAGCACGAGCACGAGCACUAUGAUCCCUUGCCGUCAAUCUCGCCAUACAGCAUGGACUUCAACCCUCAGUAUACACCUUCGACUGAUGCGCAUGCUUAUAAGGCGAGCCCCCACGUGAGCGCAGAUCCAGCUCUUUACCUUCCGUACCAAAGUAGCUUUCCGCAACAGUCCGCUUGUGAGGGACGCGGCCGUCAGCAACCAUCCCCUAACGAUGGAUACAAGUACAGCCAGCGACAGUCCCUGUUCGCCGAUAAUGCAGUUGCUUACCCUCAACACUCAUUCCAUUUGUCGCUCUCGACCCUGACAGAUCAAAGCCAUCAUCAGCAAGCGUCCCAAUACUAUGGACAGAUAUACCCUCAGCAGCCUCACCAGUCGAGCAGCAGUAUAUCUCUUUACCCGUUACCACAAACCCAAUACUACCCGUACCCAUUCCAAUCCACUAGCAGCGCCGCCGCUUACCCGUCACCACAAACCCAACACCACCCCUACGCCUUUCAAUCCACCAGCAGCGCCGCAGCUUACCAUAUACCACCAAUCCAACACCACCCCUACGCCUUUCAAUCCACCAGCAGCGCCGCAGCUUACCCUAUACCACCAAUCCAACAAGCUCCACCAAUCUUCUCCGACAGCCCAAACGAACAUUACGCAUCACCGUCCUUGUCUGAUUCACCAGCACCACAAGGCAAUCGAUCAGGGAGAAUGGCAGGGUUGCGUCGCGAGUCCAAGAAAAAGCCAAUAGAUUCUCGAGCCGCCCUGCCAGACAGCCAACCCAAUGCCUCAGCAUCCCAAUUAUCACACUCUUCAUCCACUCGGCCAUCCAAACUAUCCACACGUGCCAAAGCCAGAGUAGGUCAAGGGGAAUUGCCCAAGAACGUCACAAACUACGCUAGCGCCGACACUCCUCUAGAUCUAACCUGUCCGCUCUGCAAAGGCGGCUUUGCCAAAAGGGAUCACGUCAAAUCCCACUUCCCGGCCUGUGUAAAACGCAACGGAAAUCCGGUUGGCUUGAGGUGGAAUGAUGGUUUACCUUUGUCUAGACGUGGUCCUAGGGCAUCAUGUCACCAGGUUGGUAGGGAGGAUGGAGCAGGGGUCAUCUUCAGGUGA